AUGAAUCGCUUUCGACUGCUUGUCGUAUGCGCCCUCAACCUGGGCAACGGCAUGGUAGACAGUGCGGCUGGUGCCCUCAUCCCGUACAUGGAGAAGUACUAUGACAUUGAGUAUGGCGUCGUCUCGCUCAUCUUUGUCGGCCAGAGCAUUGGCUUCGUACUCAGCGCGGUCUUGCUCGAGCACUCUCGUGCGAAGCUGGGACGGGCCAAGACCAUUGCGCUCGGCCAAAUUCUCAUAAUACUGGGCUGCAUUUCUCUGGUCUGCAACGCACCUUGGGUCGUCAACGUCCUGUCAUUCAUCCUCAUCGGAUAUGGUCUGGCCGCCAGCGUCGCCAUGGGCAACAUCUUUUGCGGCGGAUUGCGAAACUCGACGUCUCAUCUCGGCUUGUUCCACGGCAGCUACGGCAUCAGAGGCACGACUGGUCCCCUGAUUGCCACAGCCAUGAUGACCAUAACGCGGACCAUCUGGAGUCGGUUCUACCUCAUCCCAUUGGGAUUCUCCGUCUUCACGCUCGGCGGGUUCCUCUGGGCGUUCUGGAACUUUGAAAAGGAGCAGUCGCCUGCUGCGCGCGCUGCCGAGUUCCCGGUGGGGACCGAGUCCGCGAUCCUGGGCAUGGCUCGCGCCCUCAAAACCAGGACUGUGCUGCUGGGCGCGCUCUUCAUAUUUGCCUACCAAGGUGCCGAGGUCAGUAUCUCUGGCUGGGUCAUUUUCUUCUUGAUCAAUGCCCGCGGAGGCGAUCCGUCCAGCGCUGGAUACGUAUCCUCUGGCUUCUGGGCGGGCAUCACCCUCGGUCGCUUUCUCCUCUCUGGGCCCGCCCAGCGGAUCGGCGAGAAGCGAUUCGUGUGUUUCUCGACAAUCAUGGCGCUUCUCUUCCAGGUCCUCGUAUGGGUGGUGCCCCAUAUUGUCACCAACGCCGUGGCUGUGUCCAUUGUUGGUCUCAUGCUGGGCCCAAUCUAUCCGUGCUGCGCGGCGGUCUUUCUGCGUGCACUGGCCCGGAGUGAGCGUCUGAGUGGCAAGGCGACCAUCAGUGCCUCUGGCAGCCUUGGAGGUGCCAUGGCCCCCUUUUGGGCAAUACCUGCAGAGGAGAAGAGGGACGAGUAG